UACGGCAAGCGAAUCAGUUUAUUGUAAAGCUUAUACUCCUGCCCACGAAGAAAAAAUGAUAUUUUAACACCAUUUAAUUAAUGACUCAUUCAAAUUUACAUUAACGGCCUCUUAAAUCUGAAAUCAUAUUUUUACUUUUACGUUAAAAGUGACAUUUUAAUGAGUCAUGCAGAAAUUACCAACCGCAUUGUCCUGUCAAAACGCUUGUGAGCUUCCGUAGCGCUGUGACUCGCUGCCUGUCCGCCGGUGUAGCAGCAGCUUUAAACCUUCUUGUGAUCGGAACCAUGAGUCGCAGCUACAACGAUGAGCUGCAGUACCUCGACAAGAUCAGCAGCAACUGCUGGAGGAUCAAGAAAGGGUUCGUUCCCAACAUGCAGGUUGAAGGAACUUUCUACGUGAACGAGUCUCUGGAGAAGCUGAUCUUUGAGGAGCUCCGUAACGCCUGUCGAGGAGGAGGUUUCGGUGGAUUCCUUCCCGCCAUGAAACAGAUCGGGAACGUGGCGGCGCUGCCGGGGAUCGUACACAGGUCCAUCGGGCUCCCAGACGUCCACUCCGGAUACGGGUUUGCGAUCGGAAACAUGGCCGCCUUCGACAUGAGCAACCCGGACGCCGUCGUGUCUCCAGGCGGUGUUGGUUUUGACAUAAACUGUGGCGUCCGUCUGCUGAGGACCAACCUGGACGAGGGGGACGUCCAGCCGGUGAAGGAGCAGCUGGCCCAGGCGCUGUUCGACCACAUCCCAGUGGGGGUCGGGUCCAAGGGAGUCAUCCCUAUGGGGGCCAAGGACCUGGAGGAGGCUCUGGAGAUGGGCGUGGACUGGUCUCUGAGGGAGGGGUACGCGUGGGCCGAGGACAAGGAGCACUGUGAGGAGUACGGCAGGAUGCUGCAGGCCGACCCCAACAAAGUCUCCUCCAAGGCCAAGAAGAGAGGCCUGCCGCAGCUGGGGACUCUGGGAGCAGGAAACCACUACGCUGAGAUCCAGGUGGUGGACGAGAUCUACAACGACUACGCCGCCAAGAAGAUGGGCAUCGACCACAAAGGCCAGGUGUGUGUGAUGAUCCACAGCGGCAGCAGAGGACUCGGACACCAGGUGGCCACAGACGCUCUGGUUGCCAUGGAGAAGGCGAUGAAGAGAGAUAAGAUCACGGUGAACGACCGUCAGCUGGCCUGCGCUCGCAUCACCUCUCAGGAGGGACAGGACUACCUGAAGGGGAUGGCUGCUGCAGGCAACUACGCCUGGGUCAACCGCUCCUCCAUGACCUUCCUCACCAGACAGGCCUUUUCUAAAGUGUUUGUGACGACGCCCGACGACCUGGACAUGCACGUCAUCUACGACGUUUCUCACAACAUCGCCAAAGUGGAGGAGCACAUGGUGGACGGGAGGCAGAAGACUCUGCUGCUCCAUCGCAAAGGGUCCACCCGGGCCUUCCCCCCCCACCACCCGCUCAUCCCCGUGGACUACCAGCUCACGGGUCAGCCGGUGUUGAUCGGAGGGACGAUGGGAACCUGCAGCUACGUCCUCACUGGGACGGAGCAAGGCAUGACGGAGACGUUCGGCACCACCUGUCACGGAGCGGGUCGCGCUCUGUCUCGGGCGAAGUCCCGCAGGAACCUGGACUUCCAGGACGUUCUGGACAAACUGGCCGACCAGGGCAUCGCCAUCCGAGUGGCUUCACCCAAACUGGUGAUGGAGGAGGCUCCUGAAUCGUACAAAAACGUGACGGACGUCGUGAACACGUGUCACGACGCUGGAAUCAGUAAGAAGGCGAUCAAACUGCGACCGAUCGCCGUGAUUAAAGGCUGAAGACGACUAAAGACUAUUUACACUAAACGGGAAGAAUUCUUCUUCUGUGGUUCUCGACGAGCAGAAGAUAAUCCGCUCUUUUUGUUGUUUGUUUUGUAACGGAAUUUAUGUUGAAGAGAAAAUGAGAAUGAAAACUCGUGAUCCAAAUAAAGACUUUCCUUCAUAA